UAGCGCCUUGGUUGACAUUGUUGUUGUGGGAGUAAGAAUGUACUUAGUCGUCAAGUCUUUUUAAGACAAGAAGCAAGACGUAUUUUUGACAUUUACACAAAGCUGAAUAGCACAUUACCCCCGGAGGAAGCGAUUUUCUGCGAACGAAAGGCACAGAGUGGGAGGAAAUGAGAGAGAAAUUCCGCGAGGCCGCUCGAGGUGUGGCCGAAACAGUCCUUCUGCUGUGAGGGAGAAUUACUCUCCUGUCUUUUCUCUCUCCUGAUGUCCCCUUCUGCACUGUAAAUUCAUGAUCACAUGACUUUGGAUAUGGACGCAGUCCUGUCCGACUUUGUCCGUUCUACUGGAGCUGAACCCGGACUGGCCAGAGACCUGCUAGAGGGAAAAAACUGGGACCUCUCGGCUGCACUGAGUGACUUUGAACAGCUGAGACAAGUGCACGCUGGGAACCUCUCAUGCACCUUUGCUGAGGAGAGAGAGUAUCCCUCCUUUGAAAAGGAGAUAGCUCGGACAGGGCGGCCUCUCUUGCAUCGCCAAGAUGAGGUUGUUCAAGCAGCCACGGAGAAGCGACUGUCGAGGGGAAUCUCUCACGCCAGCUCCACCAUCGUCUCUCUGGCCCGCUCACACGUGUCCAGUACGGGCGGCAGCAACGAGCCACUUCUGGACACUCCGCUCUGCACCUUCCAGUUGCCUGACCUCACCGUCUACAGGGACGACUUCCGCGGCUUCAUCGAGAGAGACCUCAUUGAGCAGUCCAUGAUGGUGGCCUUGGAGCAAGCUGGACGGUUGAACUGGUGGACUCGUUUAGGGACCGGCUGUCAGAAUUUAUUACCUCUGGCUACUAGUGGUGAUGGGAACUGUCUGUUACACGCUGCCUCACUGGGUAUGUGGGGCUUUCAUGAUCGAGACCUGAUGCUGCGGAAGUCUCUCUAUGCACUGAUGGAUCAUGGGCUGGAGAGGGAGGCUUUAAAGCGAAGGUGGAGAUGGCAACAAACCAUGCAGAACAAAGAGUCGGGACUGGUUUACACAGAGGAAGAGUGGCAGAAAGAGUGGAAUGAGUUGUUGAAACUGGCAUCCAGUGAACCCAGGAUACACUACAGCACUAACGGCAGCAACGGUGCCGAGUCACAGGAGGAGCCGGUGUACGAGAGCCUGGAGGAGUUUCAUGUGUUCGUUCUUGCUCAUGUGCUCCGUAGGCCGAUAGUGGUUGUGGCUGACACCAUGCUGCGGGACUCUGGGGGAGAAGCUUUUGCACCAAUCCCAUUUGGAGGGAUUUACCUGCCCCUAGAAGUACCAGCCAGCAAGUGCCACCGCUCCCCUCUCGUUCUGGCAUAUGACCAGGCCCAUUUCUCUGCCCUGGUCUCAAUGGAGCAGAAAGACAGUUCCAAAGAACAAGUCGUGAUCCCUCUGACGGACUCGGAUCAUAAGAUGCUGCCUUUGCACUUUGCUGUGGAUCCUGGAGAAGACUGGGAAUGGGGCAAAGAUGACAACGAUCUACAGGCCCCAUUGGCCCAGCCAGAGUCACCUACAGCAUCUGCAGGAGAGGAUGCCCGCACCCCGCCAGACUCUGGAGAGUCCGAUAAGGAGUCCGUCAGCAGCAGUUCCAAUGGCAAUGGAGACAGCAGUACUACUGGAACCAGUGGCACAACAGGCAAAACAAGUGGUGGAUCUUCCAGCUCCUCUAGUUCAUGCAGUAACAGUUCAGCAGGGACAACUGGCACAAUUGGAAAGGAGAAGGGAAAGAAAGACAAAGAAAAGGAUAAGGACAAGAAACGUGCAGACUCCGUUGCCAACAAGCUGGGUAGCUUUGGCAAGAGCUUGGGCAGUAAGCUGAAAAAGAAUGUGGGAGGCCUGAUGACGGGAAAGAAUACAAGUGGAAUUGGAUCCAAACAGGAGGGUCAAGAGAAGAAGAAAGGCUCUCUGAGAGGUCGUAAGGGCUGUAAGGACGGCUCUCCUUCCAUUCAAACUGGCUCUGAGGACUCUGGGAAAGGUUCACCCUCCUCAACCAGCGAGCGACAAAAUGGAAGCUACUCUACUGAAGGUGACCCUUUUAAGUACAGUUCGGAUGUGAAAGUGAGUCUCAGCAUCCUCCGAUCCGCUAUGCAAGGCGAAAGGAAGUACAUCUUCGCUGCGCUACUCACUACAAGCAACCGGCAGCCAUUUCAGGAGGAAAUGAUCCAACGCUACCUGCUUGACGCCGAGGAGCGCUUCCGUGCCGAACAGGAACAGAGAAGGGAAGCUGAGCGGAAAGCGGCUGGAGGUCUCGCAACGACUGCUGGGUCCCAACUGAAAAAGGACGGGCCUGAGCUGAGUUACAGAAGUUUUGAAAGCAAAGAGGAAGUCACUGAUAACUCACCUCCUACUUUUAACGCUUUGAAGUCGUCGUCUUUCAGCCCGGUGAUGUACUCUGGUGUGGUCCCAAUCCCUAGGGCCACCUUCAUUGACCAUUCUCCUACCCCACUCACGCAGCAUCUCCAUAUGCAUGGUUAUUUGGAUACACGACGGCAGCUGGCAGGAGGUUCGCCGUCUUCUUACCCAGGCCUACCAUCCUAUGCUACUUUGCCCCGACACUGCCCCCUAGCACAGGGCCCACCCCAUACCCAGUACCACACUCCCUCCACCAGCUUGGGUAGCCCAUCCCGUAUCAUCAGCCCCUGCCUGAUGUCUUUUCCCCAAGAUCAUGACCCAAUUGAUUACCCAACCGAACCUGCUGGAGGCUACACGAAUGGCUUGCGGGACUCACGUUUCACUUUGGACAGUCGCAAUGGGCCGAUGCCCUUGAGGCAUUACUCUUUAGGCAGUGCGGGUGGCCUCGCCAACCUGCAGUCCAGCAAAUGCCGAACGCCUACGUGCAAUUACUACGGCCACCCCGAGACGGGCAAUUACUGCUCGUACUGCUACAGAGAGGAGCUGAAGAGACGGGAAACGGAGCCGGCUAUCCACAGGUUUUGAAUGGACAAUCUCUGUCCGGUUUCUCUCCUAUAGGACUCAUUGGAGCCCGCCGUGUGAGCCACAUCAUAUCCUGAUUGCGUGGAUCUUGCUUCAAGACAUAAGUUCGGCCUUUCUGAACCAGGUUACUGAGAUUCGGCGCCCACAAUGAAUGGCCAUUGUGGGAAUAGGACUGCUGUUGUGUUACAUUUGCUGUGGCUCAUAGGCAGAAGCUUUAAGCUCCACCCACAUUUGCUUGACGUGGUCAUCCUCUUUCCUGUCUCCUUGUCUCCUCCUAGUGGCGAGAAUGUAGAGCACAGGCAAUAGACAUUGGAGCACAAUGUGCUACGUUGCAUAACACGAACAUGCCGCGUACCCCAAAAUACACGUUAAGCACAACCAGAAAAUACGUAUUUAUAUCAGCUGCGUUUGUAUACAUAAUAAUAGACAUUUCAUGUAGGAUUUCAGCUGCAAUCAAUGUAAGACUUGCCCAAUUGCGAUUGUAAGGCAAAAACACACUGUUAACUUCAAGUGAGUGUUAUCUGCAUUGGCCCAACGCUACAAUAAUUUAACUUGCGCCCCUUUGGAAGCCAUACCCGACUGGCUUGAAUUAGCUCAAAUGGUGCUUUCUCGCUUCUAAGAUGUUCAACUUACGGAGCUAAAUCUUGAUAGCCAAAGGUUUUGCUUUGGGUCUUCACAUGUCCAUAUUAAAAAAUCACAGUCGUUUACGUUUUACUAAGUGUUUCUACAACAUUUAAAAAUGCAAAACCUUUCAAAUUAGCGGGGGUAAAAAAAAGGAAAUCAGAUGUAAUUUUUCAGAAAUGGUACAUCAUGCAGAAGAGUUAUGUUAA